AUGUACAAUGAAUCAAUUGUAUCUGAAUUUAUUCUCCUUGGCCUUUCCAAUGUUCCUGACCUGGAUAUUACCUUAUUUUUUGUCUUCCUACUUAUGUAUGUAGUAUGCAUGACCGGAAACCUUAUUAUAAUUGUCAUAUCAAAUGUAGACCCAGCUCUAAACACUCCAAUGUACUUCUUCCUUGGUAAUUUAUCUUUUUUGGAUAUAUUAUGUACAACUUCUACAAUUCCUAAUAUGUUGGCCAAUUUUUUUUCUGAGCAUAAAGUAAUAACUUUCCAUGGCUGCGUUAUUCAAAUGUUUAUAUUUACUGCUGCUAUGGACGCAGAGUUUCUUUUGCUUACACUUAUGUCAAUAGAUCGUUACUUGGCCAUAUGCAAUCCAUUACGCUAUAAAUCAAUAAUGAGUAAAAAAUCAUGUUAUUUCAUGGCUACUGUUGUCUGGACUUUUGGGUUUUGUAGUUCGACUUAUCACACAUCCAGUACAUUCCGUCUAUCAUUUUGUUCAUCCAAUAAAAUAAAUCACUUUUUUUGUGAAAUUCCACAGCUGUUGGCACUGUCCUGCUCAGAUACAAGUAUAAAUGAACUAGUGCUUAUUGUGACAGAUGUUGUUUUAGGUGUAUUUUGCUUUAUUUUUAUCUUCGGAUCAUAUUUGUUCAUCAUUUUGGCAGUGUUAAAAAUUCGUUCAGCUGAUGGGAAGAUGAAAGCAUUUUCUACAUGUGCCUCCCACAUUACCGUAGUGUUGUUAUUUUAUGGUACUUUAAUAUUUGCUUACUUUAAACCUUCAACAGGAAAUGCAUCUAACAUGGACAAAGCAAUUGCUGUUCUCUAUACUAUUGUGAUACCAAUGUUAAACCCAAUAUUAUACAGCCUAAGGAACAAGGAAGUAAAACAUGCUGUUCAAAAAGUUAUAUUUAGAAAAGUAACACUGAAUCACUAA